AUGCCUCGGGUCCGGAAGAGCAAGCGCCGUGCCUGCGUGAACCGCCAACAGGCCCGGGGGGAGACUCAGAGUCUCAAGGGUGCCCAGGCCACUGAGGCGGCAGCAGCAGAGAUAGAAGAGUCGCCCUCCUACCCCGCUUCUGUUUCUCGGGGUAUUUCCCCGAGCUCCCGGGCUGCCAGGAGCCUCAGGGAGCCCCAGGGAGCCCCAGCCACUAGCUCUCGUGAUGCAGGGGUUUCAUACCCAGGAUCUGAAGAGGGUGCCCAGAGCCAAGAUGAGAAAAGUGCAAAUACCUCCCAGGCAGCACCUUCCACUCACGGCACUUGCAGAGAUCCUCUGUACUGGAAGGUUGGCAUGUUGGUGCACUUCCUGCUGGAGAAGUACAAGACAAAGGAGCCUAUCCGGCAGGCAGCAAUGCUGAAGGCUGUCAACAGGAAGUACAAGAAGCACUUCCCUGAGAUCCUCAAGAGAGCCUCUGAUCACAUGGAGCUGGUCUUUGGCCUCGAGCUGAAGGAAGUCGACCCCAGCAAUCACUCCUACAUCCUCAUCAGCAAGCUGGCCCUCCCCAGCGAGGGAAGUCCGAGUGAUGAGUCGGGGCUGCCCAAGUCCGGUCUCCUGAUGAUUCUCCUGGGUACGAUCUUCACCAAUGGCAACCGUGCCACCGAGGAGGAGAUCUGGGAAUUCCUCAAUGCGUUGGGUUUGUAUGCUGGGAGGAGGCACUUGAUCUUUGGGGAGCCCAGGAGGCUCAUCAGCAAAUAUUUCGUGCAGCAGAAGUACCUGACGUACCGCCAGGUGCCCAACAGCGAUCCUCCGCGCUAUGAGUUCCUGUGGGGCCCGAGAGCCCACGCUGAAACCAGCAAGAUGAAAGUGCUGGAGUUUGUGGCCAAGAUCAAUGAUACCGUCCCCAGUGCCUUCCCAGAGCUCUAUGAGGAGGCCGGGGAGACUCAGAGUCUCAAGGGUGCCCAGGCCACUGAGGCGGCGGCGGCAGCAGAGAUAGAAGAGUCGCCCUCGUCCCCCGCUUCUUCUGUUUCUCGGGGUACUCCCCCGAGCUCCCGGGCUGCCAGGAGCCUCAGGGAGCCCCAGGGAGCCCCAGCCACUAGCUCUCGUGAUGCAGGGGUUUCAUACCCAGGAUCUGAAGAGGGUGCCCAGAGCCAAGAUGAGAAAAGUGCAAAUACCUCCCAGGCAGCACCUUCCACUCACGGCACUUGCAGAGAUCCUCUGUACUGGAAGGUUGGCAUGUUGGUGCACUUCCUGCUGGAGAAGUACAAGACAAAGGAGCCUAUCCGGCAGGCAGCAAUGCUGAAGGCUGUCAACAGGAAGUACAAGAAGCACUUCCCUGAGAUCCUCAAGAGAGCCUCUGAUCACAUGGAGCUGGUCUUUGGCCUCGAGCUGAAGGAAGUCGACCCCAGCAAUCACUCCUACAUCCUCAUCAGCAAGCUGCCCUUCCCCAGCGAGGAAGGUCCGAGUGAUGAGUCGGGGCUGCCCAAGUCCGGUCUCCUGAUGAUUCUCCUGGGUACGAUCUUCACCAAUGGCAACCGUGCCACCGAGGAGGAGAUCUGGGAAUUCCUCAAUGCGUUGGGUUUGUAUGCUGGGAGGAGGCACUUGAUCUUUGGGGAGCCCAGGAGGCUCAUCAGCAAAUAUUUCGUGCAGCAGAAGUACCUGACGUACCGCCAGGUGCCCAACAGCGAUCCUCCGCGCUAUGAGUUCCUGUGGGGCCCGAGAGCCCACGCUGAAACCAGCAAGAUGAAAGUGCUGGAGUUUGUGGCCAAGAUCAAUGAUACCGUCCCCAGUGCCUUCCCAGAGCUCUAUGAGGAGGCUCUGAAAGAUGAGGAAGAGAGAGCAAGAGUGAGAGCCGCGGCCAGGGCUGCAGCUGGGCUGAGGGCAGUGCGCCUUCCAGGGCCAAGGCCCGCAGCUCCUCCCACAUCUAGGGAGGGAGGCCGUGGGCAGUUUGUUCCCUUUGUUUUGGAAGAGAGCAGUUGA